CGCCCGACCUCUCAUUCAAUCUACGGCAGUCAACGCGCGAGUAUCGUUCCGUACAGCAGAGCCCCAACUCUCUACAAACAUAAUUUAAUUAAAUUUUUCUAAGUGAAAGUAUUUGUGAGAACUUUCCUUUCCCUCCUCGCACAUGAAUCGCUGGCAAAACCGCGUUGCCGUAGUAACCGGUGCGAGCUCAGGCAUUGGCGCGGCCUGUGCCAAAUUGAUUGUGGCCGCAGGCAUACAAGUGGUGGGCCUGGCGCGGCGCACGCACCGCAUGGAGGAGCUCAAGCAAACCCUGCCCGCCGAGCAACAGACACGCUUCCACUACAAACAAUGCGAUGUGUCGCAGGAAUGCGAAGUGAGUGCCGCAUUCGAUUGGAUCGAGCAGACGCUGGGCGGCACAGACAUACUCGUGAGCAAUGCGGGCAUAUUGCGUGAGGGCAAUCUGAUUGAUAUGCCGCUCAGUGAUAUCGGCGUUGUGGUCAGCACGAAUUUGAUGGGUUCGAUUUAUUGUCUUCAAAAUGCUUUAAAGAGCAUGCGUAAGCGUAACUUUCCGGGGCAUUUGAUUUUCAUCAAUAGCACAGCGGGUUUGCCCGGCUACAAUCCAGGUCCGGUGGAACCCAGUUUGAAUAUUUAUACACCAACGAAAUUCGCUUUGAAUGCUGUGAACGAGAUUUGCCGACAAGAGCUGAUCACACUGAAGACGAAGGUGAAGACGACGAAUAUCAGUCCCGGUUGGGUAUCCACUGAGAUCGUUCCGGACGAGACGAAAGCACAGCUGGGUGAUGCUAUACUCCAGGCGGACGAUGUCGCCAACGCCGUUAUGUAUGCGCUCUCUACGCCACCACAUGCACAGGUGCAAGAGAUAACGCUGAGAGCAGUGGGCGAGUGGUUCUAAAACUUAGAAUCAACGUAUUCUGAAAGAAAUGAUAGAGAGCACGGAGCGUUAAACUGAAUGUAGCCCGAUGAGCGAGUGUCAAGUGCAGAGAGCGCGCUGGUAUCGCAUUUAUACUCGUAUAUAUUUUUAAACUUACAAACUUAACAAGUUCUGGUCACUUUGGUGAAUUUAUUUAUUUGGAUUUUGAACUAAAAAAAUACAUUUUUGUUGUUUGCUUUGUUUUUCCUUCUCCA